AAAUGAAAAAGAUAUUAAACUCCGACUAAUAUAUGCUCUAGACUUAAGUAAAAGCAGAAUAUUCUAGAGUUAAAGUUGUUUAAUUUAUAAACCAGAUAUAAAUGAUGCCAUUUCAGAUGUGGUAGAAUAAUAGAGAUUAAUAUUAUUAAUUUGGACAUAAAAAAUGUUACUGAUAAAAACAGAAGGAAAUUCACUAGUAAGAUAAAAUGGAC